GAGAAGUGGAGCAGCUGUGAUCGCGAGACAGAAAGAAAGAGAGAGACCAAUCCAAUCCAGCCAAAUCGGACAGACAGAUAAAGGGAAAGACAGACAGAUAGAACUGAUGCUGAUUAUCCAACAUCAAAGUCAAACACAUCAAAGUCCUUAUUAGAGUGUGGGAAAACUUAAUCCUCCCAAAAUAACAGACAUCAAAGACACAUCAAAGAGAGCCUAGCCCCCCGUGUUGUGGGUUUAGACGCCGUGACAAUGCCGCUGGAAGUGGCGUGGCGCGCGCGCGACGACUACAAGUCCGAGUCUCAGUGCCAGCGCAGCUCCUUCGCCUUCUACCGCGCCGUGCGCGAGCUGCUGCCCGUCUGGCUGCUGGAGGAGAUGCGCGCCACCGAGGCGCUGCACUGGGAGGAGGACGGGCGGGCGCGCGCCUUCUCGCCCUCUGAGGCGUUGCUCUACGCGCUCGUGCACGACCACCAGGAGUACGCGCGCCACCUCUUGCGCCGGUACCAGGCGCGCGCUCUCGAUGCGCCGAGCCCGAGUUUCCGCUGCUGCGCGUGCACGGACGCCGCCGCGCCGCACCUGGCGCUCGCCGUGCGGCACGAGCGCGGUGCCAUCCUCGGCAUGAUUCUGGAGGCGGCGGCGGCGGAGGAGAACGAGCAACAGCGGCGCGCCUUCCUGGACGCACGCGGGUGCACGCACUCCGGCGGCAAGAGCGCCAUGCACGUGGCGAGCGAGCUGGCGCGCGCGGACUGUCUGCUCGCGCUGCUGGCGAACGGCGCGAGCCCCUACGUAACGGACAGCGCGGGGGACACGCCGCUGGACCGUCUGCUGGAAGAGAUGGAGCGCGCCGGGGACGCGGACAGCGGCGGGGACGCUCGCGCGCGCCGCGCGUGCCUUGACUACUUUCUGCUGUUUGCUCCUGUGCUGCGUUACCGCAGGGCGCAAGAGCUGCGCGAGGACGCCUCGCGGUGGACGCGCCUGCUCGGUGAGCGCGCGUACCGCUGGUUGGCCGGGCGCGCGCCACUUUCGCUGUUUGUGCUGUGCACGCGCACGCUGCUAUCCACGCGCGCCGAGCUGCUGGACUCGCUGCCACGCUUUCUCAGACCCCCGCAGCUGAGACUGUAGGAGUGAGGGUGUCAGUGAGGACACUAUGGUGGCUGUAUAUAUGUAAAUAGCUGUGAUGUUUGUAUAGUGAUGUGUAAAUAUAUAGUAAUAUAAUACUGCAUUGAUGUAAUGAUAAGAGUGAAUGUCACUGUGAAAAUAUUAAAAUGUUUAUUUUUCCAAAAAAUCAAA